GUAUGAUUAUGGAUAUCGUUUAAGUUUUUAGGUUAUACUCCAGAAAAUAACCUCUACAUAUGCUGGUGGUGAAUGAUUGAAAUCCCUUCUCUUGAUAAAACUUCAUCCAUGCAUAUUGAAAACUCCAUCCAUUUCAUGCACAAACUUUUGAUUUAAUAUUCUUGACUUUACAGUUUCCUUCUCGCUCAUGAAUAAGAUGUUUUUUGAUUCUGAAAAUGCUCCAGCGGCAGUGCCGCCGGAUUAAACGGUUCGUACCACAGUGGGGUGGGGCGCACACUUCCCCGAACAGUAAAGUCCUUACUCCAGAACGAGGUCUCGGGUUCUCACUGCUUCACCACCGUCUAAGCGGAAUCGUAGACGACCGGGACUAUCUCGUCCAUAAAAAAUCACCAGAAACGAUUACAAUUAGAUCAAACCAACAAUUCCACCAUCACUUACUCCACCUAACCCAAAGUAGAAGUACUACGACCAAAAAGAGGACGAAAAUCAUGACCGCAACCACAACGGAUGUUCCACCAGGUGUGGAUCGCGUCGCUGGACCACUGACUGUGCAGGCUUUACGGGGUCGGCUCUUCGGGAAGGAAGUUGCCAUAGUAAGCUGUGGCGAGAGCCAUGAGGAUGCUAUGGAUCUGACGCGUAAAGCGGCAAUCUGCGAACCAGCAUGGGCUUGGGUCGAACUCGCGAAAGUUAAGACACUCUGAUCGCAAAUUUUCGAACGCAUAACUAGAAGUCCUUUAUUUUUUAUCUUAUAACUAGAGGAUUCAAGUUGUAGACCACUACGUUGGAGUAGGUAGUUGACGUUGUUUCCUUUCGAAGGAACAACGGGGAAAAGAACUGCUUCUAAGAUGGAGGCCAACGACCCCAGGCUAGCUGUCGAAGAAUUGCGCUGUGGUCAAGGUCUAGAUCUACAUAAGGCCCGUGCGUCCACAGUGGCAGACAAAAGCAGCUACGCAGGACCACGUGGAAAAAAUGGUAAAUCACUGCAGCCUCCAUCUCGUAAGAAGAAAAAAUCUUCUGUUAAGGCAGGCUCACGUUGUAAAAAACAUAAUUCUUGUUCAUCGAGUACUUAGCACCAUAAUAUCUAUUCUUAGACCACUUUGAUAAUACACAUCUGCUGUGACAGAACCAGAGGUGCGUUCUUAGACAGAGACUCUAAGACGAAAAAAUCUUGUGUUAAGGCCCGCAAUGCCGAUAUGCUAAAGUAAAAAGGGCUUUAUUUUGUUGUGAGCCUAUUUUUAGAAGAGUAGACUACUUUGAUUAUACAUAGAAGCUGCUGUGACGGACACUGCGGAUUUUCUAGCUGCUGUGGUAGAGCCAGAAGUUGUGUCCAUUCUUGGGCAGACACUGAGAAUAGGUGCGUAGCUGUCAUCUAGACCUAAUUCUAGAGGAGGCGGCGGUGGUAAGAAAACGGGUGGCGACGGCGCAGAGGGGCCACUAACAGUGGCAGCCGCGCAAGCGUGGUCCGAGCCCCUAGUGAAGCGAUGGAUAGACGAGGCAGAGCAAGAAGACGAGGAAGAGGUUGAUGAUCGCUUCUUUCUCUUCUGGAAAGAACGAAGGUUAAGGCUUUGAGUAUUUUUACUCAAUUCAUUUCUAGGGUCUCCGACCUGGUCACUUCAACUGGACCAGGAGGUUCUUUUUCUUAGCCUCCUGCUUCGUAAGAUUCAUUUGAGAUGUGAAUGAAAACUGGCGCCAAGAUGAAAUGAAAUAAAGGAAAUCCGAACUCCUCUAAGGAAAGACGAAAGCACCAACGAGGCAAUGAAAAACCGGAAGGGACAAGUGCUAGGAGACGCUUUUCUCUUCCACGGGAACCCUUAUAGCAACAAAGGUCUGCGAUUUGCAAGUCGUUUCUUCGCGGGCAAAAACAUCAAACCGAAGAAAGGAGAGAAACCUGCGUGGGAGAUAGUAACUCAAGAUGGGGAACAAGCUGUGGUAAUAGAGAAGGAGUCUCCAAAAAAUGAUCAUGAAGAAAUACCGGUCGAAGCAGAAAAAACAUCAUCAGCAGCAGCAUCUUCUGAAGAAGAUGAUGCGAACACUUUGCCAAAAGUCGAAGACAAUAAUUUGUCAAAAGACGAAGACGAUGACGACUCCAAAGUAGGCGAGAACGACUCCAAAGUAGGCGAUAACGACUCCAAAGACAAAGACAAUGAUUCCAAGGACGAUGAUGUUGACAAUUCCAAGAAUUUUGUGUAUCGCAUGUUCAUCUACGACGAUUCGGAUGAGCUGGCGCGCUUGUACAAUAAUCGUAGACUGGACGGCGAGGAGGUCCCAGCUGCGGAGUUUGACGAUAUGGUGAUCAGUCGUAAAGAGGCGUUUCGGCGCCGCGAUAAAGCCGAACUAUUCGACGACUGGAUCCUCCGACAUCUGGAGCGCAGUCUUCUAGCUGAUGAUGGUGAGGAUGAUCAUGGUGAAAUAGUACCUAUUAAGGCUGUAAUCAUCUUGCCGGUAUGUUGGAACUGCAUCAUCCCGCCGGGAGGCUUGAAGGACUACUGGGGAUGCACAUGAAGAAUGAACAGUUUUUCAUUUUCACUUUAUCCCAUGUGAACAUGAACUAUGCCGAGUGGGGUCGGUCCCCUUUUUUUCUUCUGAAGGGGAAAAUUAUCUGUAAGUGGAAAGAGGGGCAUAUUGACCCACUCAACCAUAGUGAAAGAGGGCAACCCAGCACUCAACCAGGGUGCUGCAUACUAAUUCCUAGUGAAGAAAACUUACUAGCGCUAAGAAUAGUGCCGAAAAGAAAAAGUAUGCUGAUUAUCCUGAGGUGCAUGUUGUUCUCGAGGCUCCUGUGCGUGCUGAAGAGGUAGAGCUGGCAGGCAAGGAUGAGCUAGAAAUACACGACCGCUCGACUAGAAGAAGGAAAAGCAGCGCGGACGAAGAUGCUGACAUCAAAAAGAAUAGUAAACAACAUGAUCAUGCUGGUCGUGAGUCUAGUAGUGCUUGCAAUUCAAGUACUAACAAUGAUAGUACUACUGAGUCCAGUAUGUUGACGAGUACUUCUGCUUGCAACCUCUGCAAAAGUACGUCUACUUCUAGUAGUACAGCAGCAAGAACUAAGGACGAUAAAGACUGCUCUGCUUCUUCUUCAGUGAUGGCAUCUUCUUGUGCAGGACGUAAAGGCUUGGCUCAUCGCUCAAUCCGACAACUAGACCUGGACAGCGAAGAGAGCAGUGACGAGGAAGAAGACCCCGAUGACGGUACGGGUGCGUUCUUGACGUAUCUAGAGCGGCGACUGGAUCAUCACUUCCUGCUGCGAGAAAGUAGGAGGAUUGGUAUGGCGGAGGAGGAGAUAGGAGUUGCCGAAAACACGUUAAGGGGAGGUGCUAGUUUGCUUUGACUCUCCCAUGGGUAGCAAACGCCAGCCGUGGUUUGUUUUGCCCGCCGUUUGUUUUGACUCUCCUAAAAUGGUUUCCGUUUCCGUGUGUCUUGGCGUUUCUGUUACUGGUUCUUUUGAGCAUAAUACAUGGGGAGCAGAAAAAACAAGACCCUAGUACCUCUAAGCGCGGCCAAUUUAGAGUUCGAGGACGCGAUUGCGCAAGCACAACAAAGAGUUAUUGCAGCAAUAAAUAUUGGCGUGUCCGAAGCGACGAGAUCUGCAGUUUCUCGCAGUCGGAAGAACUUCUGCGAGCGAGUGCACUGCAUAGAUUUAAGGCUAUUUCUUUCCGAAAAAUGGUUCAUCUUUGACGAAAGAAUGCGUCUUCCGUGAACAUCCGUGUCGAAGGAACUAGUUCCCCGUGACUGAGUAAACUCUCCAACGAAUAAGUUGCAGUUGAGCAAGGACUCUAUUUUUACUAGUUGAGCAUAAUUGAAUUAUACGGACUAAUACAUAGGGUCUUGUCUAUGUCCCGUCUAAUAGAGUCUCGUGAGCUAGGAGAACACCCUGUGCCGAAAAAAAUAUUGGUAACCGGAGACAAAAGAGUCUGUGAGCCGGAGGUUCUCAAGCAGUUGGACCCGAAUUUCGACUGGAACAACGCAAAGUUUGGUUAAGGCUUGCUCUUCCCUAAAUAGUUUCCUGUGGUCUUUUCACACCUUUCACAGUACUACAUGCUAAUAAUCAAUUGUGAUCUAAUUUCUCUCCAUGCACGGCUAUGCGUUUGCCGAGAACCGCAUUCCUACCGACGAUCCAGAGGAAGACUUUCUGGAGGAGAUACAGGCUCCGGAUGCGCCAGAGCCAGUGCCAGAAGCUUCAGAAGACGAAGAGUUAAGGCUGUGAGACAAUCCUCCAGAGUAUGUGCAUGAUAGUAUAUGAUAAUAUAUUUUUCUUUUCCCGCUGCAUAGGAUGUUUCGUCCCCUAGGGAAGACGUUUCAUUCAUAAAAAUUGUCAAAAUUAGUACUGGACCCUUCUCCUGAAGUGAAGUCUGGCAUUAAAUAUUCCCGUCGACAGUUUCGGAGUACUGAUCUGGGCAUCGCCAUGACCAAGAAGGUACAAUCAGGCUGAAAGGGCCUCGGUCCCAUUUGACAGGAUGGACAAUGAGGUAGCAUGACAUGACACAUGACAUGUGGUUGUCGAGAUUUUUACAGUAAAUUUAAAAAAAUGAUUGUGCUGUAUGAAGUGGUAGUACCAAUGUUGGCCAUUCCUAGGGUUUGAGAAAUUCCUCCCCGUCCCCUCGUAUAUCCUACUUAGCGGAUGAUGAGAACAGAGACCACAGCAUGCAACAUCUUACUUAGGGAUCCCUUCCAGCUGCGUCUUGAUCUCACCUCGCCUCAUCAAUCAAUUUCUAUUUGAAAAGAAAAACCAGCAGUACGCCAUCAAGUAAGGCACGAACUACAACAGGGAUGGAGGAUUUAGGCAGUGCUGCAUGUCUAAUUAAAGAUGAAGAGGAUGACUCGGACUCCUCUGAUGCUGGUGAAGAUGAACAAGCAGAGGAAGAUCUUCUAGAGGAAGAGGCGGCCGCGCUUCCAUCUUGGGAAGCAUUCUUUGGGUCUGCGCCUGAGAUUUUAUACUACUCUCCCCAUGUGAAGAUGUGCUACCUUCCUUUUCUGACGAAGUGCAUAGGCAGUGUUGAUUAAGGCUACAAGAAAUGCAUCUCGUCCAGCAACAUCUUGGUUCGUCCUUGCGUUUUUCCACAGGGAGUUCCCGUUUUCAAAGGGAAAGCGUUCCCCAGCAACAUCUUGAGGGCAAAAAUUUCUUUGUGGCCAGCAGGGAACCAAAAGGAACCAAGAAGGCGAAUCCGAGGAUCGGAUGGAUUUCUCUGAGUAGUUCUAAGGUGGUCAGAUGUACCGAUUUUUCGAAACCCUAUACUUUGGCACAAUCCCAGAAGCCAAGCGCCUGUUAAAGCUAGGAGACGAGGAAAGUCUCUCGGCGACCUUCGUUCGAUCGAAAAUUAAGGCUCAUGAUGAUUACAUCUUUAUAAUACUAGAUAAGGAUAGGCUUAGGCGGUAACCAGGCUCAUACUAGAAGAUAAUGAUUUCUCUGGAUCACCAUCUGUAAUCUGUACAGAGUAUUUACUUCCUUCUUGUUCGCCUAUUUUUUCCCUCUGGAAUUCUGAGACCAUGAACUCAGGCGGACUACAGGGCGGUUACAACAACUUUCAAUAUAGUGGGAUUUCAUGAGCUCCUGCUCUCUCCUGCUCUAAUCAAGUUUAUGAGUGUGCUGAGACGGGUCAGAUUUACCGCCGACCGGACCCGGACGCUUUCGGUCUAGUAAGCACGAACCAGGCGCCCUUGCACUGCUGUCUGAAAGGCAAAGGCAGCAAUCCGCCACGCACUUUCAUAUCCCAGCUUGCAAACAGACUCGUCGACGUGCAGUCGUCACCCUCGCAAGAAGAUAUCGAAACGACAAGGAGUGCAGGAGAAAGUAUGGCGUUUUUCGAGGAGCAGCUGAAAGAGGCUAAGAGGCGUGUUAGAGAAAUUGAAGACGGCCACUGCAUUACGGCUGAAGUACGACAAUGGUAUCGGGAAGCUGUGCAAGCCUUACUGAACGAGGACGUAAAGGCGGCUGACAUUAAGACUAAUAUCGUUGUAACUAAAUUUACCACUAUCAAUCAUGAAAAAAUCUGUCAGACAGUGUACUUGUAGUCCCAUCGUUGUAAAUCAACCACUAUCAUGAUGAUUUAUCAUGAUUUUCCGAUAAGUUGGGUUUCUUACUUAUCGGAUAUGGUGGAUAUCCCUACCUAGAAGUAGUUUUAUCUUAAGUUGGAUUUCUCUACCUAGUAAGGAUAGCUUUAUCCAAUACAAGAUACCCAUAUACGUAGUAGUUUCAUCUAGUCCGUGCUGGUAUGCUAGCCAGUGAUAGACUUGAUGGAAUAGAGAUCAUCUUCCAAUCACGCGGGUGGUGAUUACUUUUCGGCGUUCUUGCGAGCAGUGCAUCCCGAGAUCUACGACGACAUCGACCAUGGUGAUUCGCUCCAACUAGUAAGCGCCUCCAAGUUAAGGUCCAUUCCAUCUGAAUCACAGGGUAAGGUCCAUUCCACCAAGGGUAAGACAUGCCUUAAGAUUCCUAAGUUAUAGAAGUUGGAAAGAUGUCGAAAACAGGAUGAUAUGAAUGUAAGAGAUGAAUUACUUAUGUGAAAAAUGUUGUUGCUAGUGCUGGUCUCCUUCAUUACUCGCCACAAGUAGUCUACUCCAACAUUUUAUCAUCAUUAUUCUUGCGAGGAGGUUUAGUCUCUAACAAAGGUUCCAAGUCUGAGAGCAGGAUGUCUUGCUGCCAAGACCGCGCCCAAGAAAGGUCAGAGCGCGAAGAAAAAAAACGGAAAUGUGCCUCCACUUUUCUACAAUUUGAAGAAGGUGACGAUGCCAAAUGCAAAGGAAAGCUUCGACUUGAUGCACAAAUACUGGAAAAACCUGAACAAAAAUCCACGACAUAUUCGCGAGCAGAAGAAACUAGCAGCUGAAGAUGUAGCAGAAGAUGUAGAUGGCAUCUCGAGUGGAACAACUGGAGAGGCAGAUACUAGAAGUAGUGGUAGUGAUCAUUAAGGCUCAACUUUCAGUGGUCACCAUUUAGAUUGGAGUCACUGAGAUCGAAGAGGCGACCCCUUUGGAGAACAGGGGAAAACGAAGGGAAAAGGGGAGAGCUUUGAAGGUGGUCCCUUCCGUUCCGCAUCAGUGACCCCUGACUGCUGACCUUUAAGAUCAAGCAAAUGCGACGGCAGCAACAUCAACUAAAACAGGUGGAAAUCAAAAAGGAAAAAAUGGAACCAACAACGGGGACGAUUCAACAACAAGGACAUCAAGUUCAUCAAGUUCAUCAUGUGCAACAUCUUCGGCGAGUGCGUCCACAGUCGCUACACCAGCUGACAAAGCGCAGGUACAACGAAGUUCUGCGCAGGGUCAUCCGCCCACUUCUUUAGUGGACAAGGAGGCACGAUGUGCGCAGAUUAUGGCGAAAAUCUUGGUGGAUGCCUUCCAAAUUCGCCUUGUAGACGCAGCGGUGCUUUUGUCAGUAGCCAAGACGGUUCGCAGCUCGCGCAACGAUCGCGUUGUCAUCAUUCUCUAUGCUGGGUUCGAUCAUACAUCAGCAUGCGAACAGUUUUGGACGGAAGAAGAUGCGAACAGUUUGGGCCAGAAUGGGACUACGACCACACCCGCCGGCGGGAGCAGGAGAGUAUCACCGACAAAACGCGCGAAAAAGAAAGCAAAAACUGAGUCUCCGGGAAACCCACCGCAAGAUCGCUUCCAAGACGAAAACGGUGACUCUACUAGAGUUAAGGCUAGUCCUACAAAUCUCCCAUUUUGAGAAGAAGCAUCUGAACAAGAUCUACUGACGAUGAAUAUCCCAUUUUGAGAGGCAUCCGGAUUUUAGACGUGGGGCAAAAAGAUUCAUUCAGGAUGUUAGUUUCUCAAAAUACAUGAGAGAUUUGUGGAAGGAUUGUCCUCUAAUAAAGGGAGCCUAGUAUGUAGAGGUCAGUUUCGACGUUUGGGUCCACGCAUCGGAAAAGAGGAUUUCGAUUUCGGCGACAGUAGGUUGUUGAAACUACCUGAUGCUUGGCGAUCAGACCUGAGAAACUUGUUUUAGACCAAAAAGGUUUAGUUGUACUAGGUUUGCAUAUAACUGGUGCAAGAUGAACUACAAAGUUUUACUACUGUCAACUAGUAGAGAGACUAACAUAAUUGUAAAGUUGCAGAACUAGUAGUUGUGCUUACUGCAAGAACAGACAUUUGGUGCUACUAGUUGUGCUUGUAGACCGCGAGGUCAAAGCCAAAUUGACUAACAUCAUUAUCACACCAACUUCAAGAAGCAAGGGCAAGCACGUACUCGAAUGUUAAGGCUUAAUUCCAAAAUCGGAAAAUCGGAUUUCAAGAAUGGAGGUUUAGUGUUAGAAGUUGUACAACUGGUUAGUUUUCCCUCUACCCUUAGACUUAUCCCUUCGUGCAGUAUCAGAGGUUGUUAUAAUUGGAUCUUGUUUCCUUUUCCUAAGUAGGAUAGGAUCCUCUAGCUGGUAUUGUAGUAGGUAUUUUUCGCGAGAAUUUUUAAUGCAAAUGACUGGUUCCCAUGUCGGUUGAAAGAAUAGUUGUCGUAGCAUGAACCCAUCACUGUCCUGAAAGAAAACAACUAAAAAAUCACCUUCCUGCUACGUACCAGAGUGACACUGGUGCUUCCUUUUGUAUCUGUAUUCGCCAAAAUAAAGUACUAUUGCGACGGAUACAUCGCAACAACAAAAUGAACUUUUAUAUAUAAAAGUAAAAUAAAU